AGGACAUACAAGAAUCGAAGCCACUCCCUGAUAGUUGUCUUCUUCAUUUUGGAGGAGGUGCAAACAUUGUAGGAGGUGACUGAUCCCUUCUGAUGGACCAUCUCAGGGGGUUUUCCAUGUUAGUGAGUCGAGAGAAUUGCGAGCUGGCCUCCACCAGUUUGUCGAGCUGGCCUCCAUGGGAGUAGCUUCCAAUAAACCUCAUAAGAAGGGACAAUUGACUAAAGCGUACUAUGGUAACACCAUCUGAAACCCACUGGCUGCGAGGCUGUCGGGGCAGUGCCUAUUGUAGCACUAGCACAACCCCGCCGUGUAUUUUUGACACAGCUAAGGGCUUGAGUGUGCUUUGUUUCUUGUGCCUCUGGAUCAACUGGUUUGGCCCAGUCAGUCGCCAAAGCGCUCGUUGCUCAUCGCGGUCAGUCGCUGACGCGCCUACGAUCAGGUCUACAAGCGAGAGUUUGAGACCUACUUGCCAGCGGCAUUUGAGCAUUUCCACCACCUCUUUAAAGGUGUGAAGGAUUUGUCGCUGGUGCAUCGGACGUUGGCCUCCUGGGCGGAACGAGCAAUUUUCACUCCGAAGUUCAUCAAGGGGCUCGAAGCUUCCAUGGUGAAAGGCAUUGUUUCAGCCGAAGGUGUCCAGUUGCCGGAGAACCUCUUCGUGAAGUUCGCCGAGUGGCAGUCCCAGCACUUCAGCCAGCUGGAGAAGCUCUGCAAAGCUCAGGGCCUCCGCUGGGAGGUGCAGCUCUCCGACAAGGCCGAGGAAAUCGGCGGCCGCUUCCCCGAGGAGCUUCGGAAGAAGAUGCUCCUGGACCGGCUCCUCACGUACGAGCUGUAUGUUCAAGAGACUCGUGCCCGUGCGGCCGCUCGAAACGCGAAGAGUGUCACCAUGGACCCCAUGGAGGCCUUCAACCCCGAACUGGAUGGCGAGUCACUUGACAGCGACGACGAGGCCUACGUCCAACGCUGGGAGGCGAAGGGCUCAUGACACCGAAGGAAGGACCAAAAGAGCGAGCUGAGCAGCUGAGCA